CGUGUCUGUUUCCUCUCUCACAUAAUCAGAGAUUCACAAUUGCGCCCAUGGCAGCCACCGUUCCCAACCAUGUCCCCGCCUACACCCUCGGAACUCUUAGCAUAGCUCUGGGCCUGAACGCCAUCUUUCGCCCUGCGGCAGAGUAUCCACGUUUUGGAUUGCCGUUGGAAUACGGCGGCGGCCCGACUACACCGCACCGGGUGUCCGACGUCUCCCCGCUCAUGUAUCUGAAAGGCAUCCGGGAGAUUAGCUAUGGCUUGUUGCUCAUCGGGUUACAAUCCCAGGGCCAGGAGACGGCCGUCACGACGUUGGCGGCGGUUAUGGCCUGGGUAGGGCUAGCGGACGGCGUCGUGGUGUGGUGUUGUGGAGGUGCGGAACGGAGACAGCAAGCUUGGGGUCACUGGGGCACGUUCUUAGGGCUGGGAGUGUGGGCUUGGUACCGGGUUUCUUACUGACGGAGCUGGUUGAUGCUCGUGUGAAAAGCACUUCGAAGGCCUCGUGCGGCAAAGGGGCAUUGGCGACUCCUUCACUGACGGGAAAAGAAAUGAAGAGACUGGGACUAUUUCGAUCUGGAUAAGCCUGAGACAUAAGUAAUUAGUGAUGAGAAGAUCGAACAGAAAAGGCGAAAU